AUGCCUUCGCGCUUAAAUGCGCCCCCCGUACUGUCCCUCGACAGGGGCAAGAUGCACCACAUCGAUCCCUCCAACGCCUGCAGUCUCAUGGCGAUGUGGUCGAUCUUUUCCAAAUGCUCAGAGACAUUAGAAGAAGGCCCACGGUUAGAGAAUCUGAGUUGGCGGGUUUGGUCCAGAGAAUCCUUAUGCGUCACUCCCAUCGACAACCCACCCCGGGCGAGCCAAGUGCCUUCACUCUCGAGCUCAUGGUCUUCGAGUGACAGCUUGGCUGAAAUGAGGUCCAUACCAGUGAAGAUCCGACACAGAUCGAAAUCACCCUCCCAGCACGACUGCGCCAGCUCCCUCUCCAAGUCUCGACACCUGAGCCCCGUGACACUCGAGAAAAUAGUGGCUACGAUACAAGAGAAGACCGAUCUAGGCCCUUUAUCGCCAUCCCUGGAGGCCAGUCCUCCUUUCACCAAGUCAUUUUCAACCGGGAAAGAGACUCCACCCGGGUCAGAGCUGGGGCCCCAGCCAGAUCAUGCGGUUCAAGUGAAGAACCUUCAAGACUCCACCGAAUCAUGCCUUUCCACCACCACCACUGCAACAAUAAGUACUCAGCGUCAGAGCGAGCACCGCGACUCUGACACCUCUGUCUCCUCCGACGGACUCAUCCGAAGCGGCUCCAUCGUUCACGGGUUCUCGCCAGUUGCAUCCUCGUGUCGUUCUCGGACGAUCAGCUCAAGUCUCAAGCCCGUCGCUUCCACGAAGCUCAUUCCCCAAGCCAAGAACGGCCUCAAAUCGAAAGCCAUGUUCACUCUCGGUGGAUCGUCCGAGGAUGAUGAGUCUUCCUUUGAGCAGCGAGUGCUUUCUGUCAAGGCUGCCCCGCAGCGAAGCUCCCUGUCUCAAAGCUUGAGCAGACAGAACUUGUCCGGAGGCAAGAGUCAGCUUCAACCAAAACGAACCUCGUUCAAGGACGUUAUUGCGCAGCGACGAAUUCAAGAGGACGCCGAAAACGACGAAGGCGCCAUCGAAAGCAGCGAUGAGGAGGAUGACACCGACGAAGUCAUGGAGUCAGCCAUUGACGAAGACGAGGAAGAUGCCGAUGACUGGGAGGACUCAAAUUCCGACGACGGAAAGCCGUCUCAAGAGCCACAUCUCUUCCGAAGGGUCGAGAGUCGACCUGACCUGGUCUCACGUCGCUCCAUGUUGACUUUGGCUCUCAAUAAAGGCCAAGGUGGCCUUGCUCACGCUUAUUCCCAACCUGCCCUAUAUCGGUCGAGGAAGUCAUCUCCCCCACAAGGACCAUCGAUGGCAAACUCACCUGAAGACGAGGAUGGCAUGGUGAUGCACACAUCAAACCGACCGCCCAUCGCCGUCCCACCUCCUAGGUCGUCCAAAUCACUGGCCCAUUCACCCAGAACAACCAGGAUCCAUAUGUUGUCGACAGAAUUGACCGAGUCCUUGAGAAGACAGCUUCUUUUGGAAAGGAAAGUUCAAUCUAACGCGGCUAACGCUUUCCUCAAGCGAAGCAGAAACGCUCAAUCCAUGGCCAACCUCACAACCAUAGGCCGAGCAACAGGUGGUCCUGCGCCAGUCCUUGACACAUCGAGAGACGAAAACUGGACUGUGGACAACACUUGGGAAUACAACACCAAGGGAUGGUAG